AUGGAAUCAAAAAAAUUGAGUAAAUUUAUUGAAUUAAUUUUUCUGUCUAUUGCAGUAAGAACUAAAAUCUAAUAUAUCAAAGUGGUUAUCCGUGUUAGCCUGCUUAAUAAGGACUGACUUUAAUUUUCCAUUUGCCUUUUUCUUUUAUUAUCUAUGGAUAUCAAGAGAUGACAAAGCUAACUCCUUAAUGGUAUUCAAUCAUAGUCUAUCUAAUGUAGUUGAUGGUUUUGAAUGGAAUCCUAAUCUUGGUAGACCUAAUUUGGCUAUUAUCUGUUGGAUCCAUUUGGACAGCAACAGAGUAAAAUAAUCCUGUAUGGGGACACUUACAUGGUCUUCAUGUCUUUGUUAUAUUUAUCAGCGUUGUAACGUCAUAUUGAAAGUAUUUUAAUCAAUUCUAUUAUUAGGUUGGUGCUAUUGCAGCCAUUAAUUCUUAUAGAGGAAAUCAGACUCAAGUUAGUAAUCUUUAUAGUUUAAAUUGUAGCUGCUUCAGUAUAAAACCCACAAUAGAGUGGUGUAAACGACUUUUCUUAAAACAG